GAUGUUUGAUUUUGGGUGAGUUCGUGUAGCCUUCGCUUUUCGCAUUUAACACGAGUCAAGAUUGAAUCUCUCUCCUGUUUGUCUCGGUGGAGCUGCUCUGACCGUGAGAUCUCUGUUCGGCGGCGACCCUACCACUCUCCAGUCGCCGUGUCGCUUCGCCUAAACUGGUCGGAAAUGCGCUCGGAUGGGGCCCGCUGAAGUUCUCCCUCUGCAGUUCCUGCUGUUUGGAGUUUUUGGCUGAGUAGUGGGAGUAGUAUUAGUGUCUGUACGAUGCAAUCGGGAUAUGACAUCAAUCAUCUAGCUCGGGAAGCUCAAACUCGGUGGCUGAAACCAGUUGAAGUGUUUUUCAUACUACAGAAUUAUGAGGAGCACCAGCUCACUCACCAAAUCCCUCAAAAGCCAGCUAGUGGAUCUUUGUAUCUAUUUAACAAGCGGGUUCUAAAGUUUUUCCGCAAAGAUGGUCAUAGAUGGCGUAGAAGGAAGGAUCAGAGAACUAUUGCCGAGGCCCAUGAACGUCUGAAGGUGGGGAAUGUCGAAGCCCUAAAUUGUUAUUAUGCUCAUGGGGAGGAGAACCCUAACUUUCAAAGGCGCAGCUAUUGGAUAUUGGACCCGGCAUAUGAGCACAUUGUUCUGGUUCACUACAGAGAUAUUGGUGAGGGAAGGCAGAAUGCUGGGUCGACAUCUCAGUUCUCAUCUUUAUCUUCUACUUUCAGUCCUAGUCCCAACUCUUUUGCAACUCUGCCGCCGGAAUCCUCUGUUGUCAUUGGUGAAUCUUAUGAAUUAUAUCAUAAUCAAUCAAGUCCUAGCACUGUAGAGAUUAACUCUAGUGAAGUCAUCAAGAAUCAUGAGAUGAAUUACUUGGAUAAUAGAGAAAGAACUGAUGAGGUCAACAGUUCGUCAGCUCCUGAUUUAAGUAAGGCAUUGCGAAGAAUUGAGCAGCAAUUGAGUUUAAAUGAUGACGAGGGGAAUGAAAUUAGUACAUUCUACAUUCAGAAUGAGGAUUCAAAUGAUUUUGAAGAUGUGCUAUGUAAUUAUGACUUGUCUGGUCAAACACCAAAUAACCCGGACAAUCUUUUGCAACAACAAUCUGACGAUGGGAUUCAACAACAACAGCUCCCUGAGGUUAAAGUCAAUGUUUGGAACGAGAUGCUAGAUACUUCCAGGAAUUUUCCAAAUGUUGAGGGUCAAGGACAACUUAGUCGACAAUAUGCUCGAAAAUCUUCUUUGAUUCCCCAAGAAGUUGUUUCUAUGAAAUACCCUGCAUAUUCUCCAGCAUUAAACGCUUAUGACAUGAGUCCCGAUGCCCAUUCCUCAUUUUUUGACCAAAACAAGUUGGGAAUUUCUCUUGAAGACAGCAUAAGUUUGACGAUAGCACCAAAGCAGAAGUUCACAAUCCGUGAGAUAUGUCCAGAUUGGUGCUAUACCUCAGAGGGUGCAAAGGUUGUCAUUAUUGGGUCUUUCCUGUGCAAUCCAUCUGAGUGUUCAUGGGCUUGUAUGUUUGGUGACACUGAAGUUCCAGUUCAGAUCAUUCAGGAAGGUGUCAUAAGUUGCCGUGCUCCGCCUCAUUUGCAAGGAAAAGUCAUUCUUUGCAUUACUUCUGGAAAUAGGGAAUCUUGCAGUGAAGUCAGGGAGUUUGAGUAUCGUGAUAAGCCUAGUGUUUGUAUGCACAACAAUCCACCUCAAACAGAGGCUAGUAAGAGUUCAGAAGAACUCUUGUUACUCGUCAGAUUUGUGCAAAUGCUACUGACUGAUUCCUUUCCUAAAGGAGAUGUCUCUGAAUCAAGAGUUGAUUUAUUGGGCAAAUCAGGAACAGCUGAGGACUCCUGGAGCCAAAUCUUUGAAGCACUUUUAGUUGGCAGUACGACAUCAUCUAGCACUCUUGAUUGGCUCUUGCAAGAACUUCUGAAGGACAAGUUGGAAGCAUGGCUUUCAUCUAGAUCCCAAAUGAACAACUACGAUGGCUGUUCUUUAUCUAAGAAACAACAAGGUAUCAUACACAUGGUUGCCGGACUGGGAUUUCAGUGGGCAUUGCAACCAAUUCUGAGUUCUGGAGUUAGUGUUAAUUUCCGUGAUAUUAAUGGAUGGACUGCACUUCAUUGGGCCGCAAAAUUUGGGAGGGAAAAGAUGGUUGCUGCUCUUAUAGCAUCUGGUGCAUCAGCUGGAGCAGUUACAGAUCCCAAUUCACAGGACCCAAAUGGUAAAACACCAGCAUCAAUAGCUGCUUCCUGUGGCCACAGAGGACUUGCUGGUUAUCUCUCAGAAAUUGCACUGACCAGUCAUCUUUCAUCCCUCACACUGGAAGAAAGUGAGCUAUCUAAAGGAUCCGCAGCGGUGGAAGCCGAAAGAACAGUAAAUAGUUUAUCAAAAACUGCAAACGCAAGUUCCUGUUCAAAUGAGGAUCAGGUUUCUCUUAAGCAUACUCUGGCUGCAGUUCGUAAUGCUGCUCAAGCUGCUGCACGUAUACAAUCUGCAUUUCGAGCUCAUUCAUUCCGGAAGAGGCAGCAAAGAGAAGCUGCACAUUCCAUUGUUGGUGCUAGUGGAGAUGUGUACAGUAUAUUAGAAAAUGACAUUCAUGGUCUUUCAGCUGCAUCUAAGUUGGCAUUUCGCAAUACACGUGAGUACAACUCAGCUGCCUUAUCCAUUCAGAAGAAGUACAGAGGAUGGAAAGGUCGGAAGGACUUCCUCUCUCUGCGCCAGAAAGUUGUGAAGAUUCAGGCUCACGUGAGAGGCUAUCAAGUUAGGAAGCAUUACAAGGUUUGCUGGGCAGUUGGUAUACUUGAGAAGGUUGUACUAAGGUGGCGACGAAGAGGAGUUGGCCUUCGGGGAUUUCGACAGGACUCUGAAUCCAUUGAUGAUAGUGAAGAUGAAGACAUCCUUAAGGUGUUCCGCAAGCAGAAAGUGGAUGCAGCUAUUGAUGAAGCGGUCUCCAGGGUGCUGUCUAUGGUUGAAUCUCCAGAGGCGCGUCAGCAGUAUCAUCGCCUCCUCCAAAAAUAUCGUCAGGCUAAGGCUGAGCUUGAGAACACAGAGUCUGACUCAGCAUUUUCUUCCCAUCACGACACACCUUCUUAUGAUGGCAUUUCCCAUGUGACAUAGCUGCAGUUUGUGGUAAAUGGACAAACUUGCUUGCUUCUGUAAUUCACCUACUCCAGGAUUAGGACUGUAUAUAAAAUGAUUGGUCCCCAUAGGGCAAAAGAUAGAGAAAAACAUUAUCACUUAUGUUAGUUGAGUUACUUGUGAUUGUGAUUUUAUCUUGUACAUGUUCUGCUAAUGAGCAUAAGCAGGAGGGUAUUCUAUCUGGACGAGGGUAUAAUGUUAAUUGAUUUGAAAGGUAAAGUUGGUAUAGACGUCAAAAUUUGAUAGAAGACGAGAAAAAAGAUGUUUCUGUAGUCAGCAUCUCAUGUUAUCAUCUUUGUUUUUCUUGAUAUGGUUUGAACAAUUACUUUGAAUUUCAGAAGAAAUUCAAGAUGCAGUGAACUUGCGUUUAGUUCAUGAACUAAAAACAAGUGCAGUGUAUCGUUGGGGUUGCAUUAUGUAUCAAGUCUUGCCUAUUGAAUGUUUGAGUCUCAA